AUGAUGAGAAUACAGAAGCAAAAGCAGGGUGUGAGCUACUACAAAAAUCAAAUUACAAUGUAAGAAAAUUGCUACAAGAUAUUUUGUUAUACACUAAUGAUUACAGAAAGGGUAUUGUACUUAAAGCUAUAUUAUCAUUAUAUACUACUACUAAGGACAAAAAGGGAGUUUUGGCAAAAACUUUAAAGGCUUGGUUGAGGAAGAAAACACCAA